UUCGGACUCUACCACCUAACCAACUCUUACACACCGUGAGCGAAAUUAUUGGAGCGAGAGAGAGAGAGAGAGAGAGAGAGAGAGAGAGAGAGAGAGAGAGAGAGAGAGAGAGAGAGAGAGAGAGAGAGAGAGAGAGAGAGAGACAGAAAGACAGAAAGACAGAAAGACAGAAAGACAGAAAGACAGAAAGACAGAAAGAGAGAAAGAGAGAAAGAGAGAAAACAGACACACGGUACUGCUGGAUUAUUUCCCUAAAGCGGAAAGCGGUGGCGAGCGCAGUGGAUGUUACCGACUACAGUACGUUUAUCAUAGUAGAAGACUGAUUUUUAACAACGGCCGUUGUCAGGAUGUUGAUAAGGUUGUGAGGGCUCCAUCCUGUCAUCCUAUUGGUCACUGAGGCAGUGAGAUCACAUGCUGCCACAGCAUGCAGGUGCCUACAUGUCCCACAAUGCACUCUGCCAGCCCAGGCCUGCUCCUCCUCAGCUUCCUCUUCUUCGCUGAUGCUGACUCACCACCCAGGUUCACAAGAACCCCAGAAGACCAGACGGGGGUGCAGGGCGGCGUGGCCUCCUUUGUCUGCCAGGCCACAGGUGACCCCCAGCCCAAGAUCGUCUGGAACAAGAAGGGCAAGAAAGUCAGCAACCAGAGAUUUGAGGUGAUUGACUUUGACGACGGGUCUGGCUCGGUUCUAAGGAUCCAGCCCUUACGGACGCCGAGAGACGAAGCCAUCUACGAGUGUCACGCGUCCAAUACAGCCGGGGAGAUCACCACCUCCACCAGACUCAAUGUCCUACGAGAGGACCAGCUCCCGUCAGGCUUCCCUACCAUCGACAUGGGUCCCCAGCUGAAGGUGGUGGAGCGAUCUCGGACCGCCACUAUGCUGUGUGCCGCCAGUGGCAACCCCGACCCAGAAAUCACCUGGUUCAAGGACUUCCUCCCAGUCAAUACUACCAACAACAACGGACGCAUUAAGCAGCUUCGCUCAGGUGGCACGCCUAUACGAGGUGCAUUGCAGAUUGAACUGAGUGAGGAGUCAGACCAAGGGAAGUACGAGUGCGUUGCUACCAACAGUGAUGGGACGCGGUACUCCACUCCAGCUAAUCUCCCCACCCCCACCCCACCAUCAGUGCGUCGAGUUCCGCCUCGUUUCUCCAUCCCGCCGGCGGACAGUGAGAUCAUGCCCGGGGGCAGUGUGAACAUCACGUGCGUGGCGGUGGGCUCGCCCAUGCCCUACGUCAAGUGGAUGCUGGGCACGGAGGACCUGACCCCUGAGGACGACAUGCCCAUCGGGCGCAACGUCCUGGAGCUGGGCGACGUGCGCCAGUCCAACAACUACACCUGCGUCGCCAUGUCCACGCUGGGCGUCAUCGAAGCGGUGGCGCAGAUCAUUGUCAAAGCCCUGCCCAAAGCUCCAGGCACCCCAGUGGUGACGGAAAGAACUGCGACCAGCAUCACCCUCACCUGGGACUCUGGAAACCCUGAGCCUGUGGCCUACUACAUACUACUGCACCGGUCCAAGGGAUCGGAGGACGCCUACAAAGAGAUCGACGGCAUCGCCACCACCCGUUACAGUGUGGGCGGGCUCAGCCCGUACUCCCACUACGACUUCCGCGUGGCCGCCGUCAACACCAUCGGCCGCGGCCCCGCCAGCGAGACGGUGGAGGCCCGCACCUCCGAGCAGGCUCCGUCCUCGCCGCCCCGCCAGGUCAGGGGUCGUAUGCUGAGCACCACCACAGCCAUCAUCCACUGGGAUGAACCGGAGGAGGCCAACGGGCAGGUGGUGGGAUACAGGGUGUACUACACUGCUGACAGCACUCUGCAGGUCAACCAGUGGGAGAAGCAGAUGGUUCGCAGUGCAAACUUCAUCACCAUCCAAAGCCUGACCCCCAACAAGACGUACUACAUCAGAGUCCUGGCCUUCACCUCUGUAGGGGACGGGCCCCUGUCCCAGGACCUUCAGAUCAUAGCCAAGACCGGAGUUCCAUCCCAGCCAUCAGACUUUAAGGGAGAGGCCAAAUCAGAGACCAGCAUCCUCCUCUCCUGGGUGGCCCCACCGCAGAGUGGCCCUGACAACCAGAUCACCGGGUACGAGCUGGUGUACCGCCGCACUGACGACACGGAGGAGAAGAAGGUGACCUUUGAACCCUCCACCUCGUACCUCCUGAAGAACCUCAAGCCCUUCUCCACCUACACCUUCCAGCUGGCAGCUCGCAGCAAGCAUGGCAUCGGGGCCUACACCAACGAGGUGUCCACCGACACGCCCCAGACACUGCCCGCGGCCCCUCCCCAGGAAGUCACAUGUUCUAGCCCCAGUUCCACCGGUAUCCUGGUAAGUUGGGCUCCACCCCCUGAGGAGUUCCAGAAUGGAGUCAUAACGGGAUAUUCCAUCCAGUAUUCCAUCACGGAGGGGGAGAACCGUACCUCCCAGCGCGUGGACGGAAUCCCUCCAGAAAGUUCUCCAUACCUCCUGGAAAAACUGGAGAAAUGGACCGAAUAUGGGAUAACAGUGCGAGCACAGACGGAGGCCGGAGAAGGACCGGAGAGCUUGCAGCUGCUUGUCCGUACAGAGGAAGAUGUUCCCAGCGGCCCUCCACGGGGUGUAGAGGCAGAGGCGCUCAACGCCUCGGCCGUCAGGGUGUGGUGGCGGGCGCCGGCAGUGGAACUCCAGCACGGUCAGAUACGGGGGUACCAGGUGCACUACGUCAGGAUGAACUACGGAGAGCCCAGUGGACAGCCCCUCAUCAGGGACAUCCUCAUCGAUGAUUCCCAGUGGGAAAGCGAUGACGAGACACAAUACGAGGUGGUUCUGACGGCCUUGCGGGCAGACACGGCGUACUCGGUGUCUGUGGGAGCGUACACCGCCAAGGGAGAUGGGGCGAGAAGCAAACCCCAGACUGUUUGCACCACCAUGCCAUUGCCGGAGGUGCCCAAACUGACUGUGAGCACCACCAAGGAGGGCAACACCGUGCUCCAGUGGUCCCGCCCGCCCAGCGCACCCACCCCCCUCCUGGGGUACCGCCUCACCUACGGCCGAGCGGACAUCCUCCCCCCCACCGUGGUGGAGUUCCCCGCCAAGGAGAACCGCUACACUGCCCCAGACAUCCACAAGGGGGCGAGCUACGUCUUCCGCCUCUCCGCCCGCAACAAGAUGGGGUACGGUGAGGAGGCGGUGAAGGAGGUGACCAUGCCGGAGGACGCCCCCAGCAGCUUCCCCCAAAACAUCCUCUCCGAGGGCGCCUCGGCCUCCUCCAUCCGGCUGGCGUGGAAGUCCGUCCCCCUGAUCGAACAAAACGGGAAGAUCAUUAAGUACACCGUGCGGUACAAGGACAUCAACAGCAGGGGCAACGCCACGGAGGUUAGCGUGGCGGCGCCGGACUCGAGCGUGGUGUUGGAGGCUCUGAUGGCCGAUACAGUGUAUGAUGUCAGGGUGUGUGCAUACACGGCCGUGGGCCCCGGGCCCUACAGCCCAAGCGUCCAGUUUAGGACCCAACCGCUGGACCAAGUGUUUGCCACCAACUUCCGGGUCAAGGCGUCCAUGAAGACCUCUGUCCUGCUGACGUGGGAGAUCAAGGACAAGAACCCAACCCAGCCGUUCACUAUCCUGUAUGGUAAGGGCCAGAGUGUUGAGGUGGAAGGGAAGCAAACCCAGAAGUUGAUAACGGGCCUGGAGCCGGAGACCCAGUACUCCUUCCUCCUCACCAACCGGGCCAACAGCGCCGGGGGCCUGCAGCACCGCGUCACGGUCGUGACCGCCCCGGACGUGCUGAGGUCCAAGCCCACGCUGGUGGGGAAGACCAACGCAGACGGCAUGGUCACGGUUCAACUCCCCCCCGUCCAGACCAGCACCAUAGUCGGGGGUUACUAUGUGGUGGUGGUACCAUUGAGGAAGCAGAGAGGAGGGAAGUUCCUGAAGCCAUGGGAGGAACCUGACCAGAUGAACCUGGACGAGGUCCUGAAAGAGAUCAACAGGACCAGUGUGAGCCGUGCCCUUCGUGUUCGCAGGCAGGCCAGCCAAUCAGAGCCAAAGGCUUAUGUCACCGCCCACUUUAAGACCCUCCCUCUGGAGUUCACCCUAGGCGAUGGCCGUGACUACGGUGACUUCCGGAACCGCCCGCUCCAGAACGGACAGGAGUAUGUGUUCUUUGUCCUGGCGAUGUUGGACCUGUCUGACAACACUAUGUACGCCACCAGCCCCUACUCUGACCCCGUGACCUCGUCGGACGUGGAUCCCCAACCAAUCAUUGACGAGGAGGAGGGGCUUCUGUGGGUGGUGGGACCCGUGCUCGCUGUCAUUUUCAUUGUCUGCAUCGUCAUCGCCAUCCUCCUCUUCAAGAGCAAACCUGACAGGAAGAGGGCGGAAGCCGAGGGGAGGAAGGGGAGUUUCCCCUGCAGCAAGGCCAUGUCCUCUCACCACCCCACUGACCCUGUGGAGCUACGCAGGAUCAACUUCCAGACCCCAGGUUACCGUGUUUCAGUUUACCGCGGCUACCGCCGUCUAUCAAGCAUGGCGUGCCACCCGCCUGUGCCCAUGUCUGAGCUGGAGGAACACGUGGAGCAUCUGAAAGCCAACGACAACCUCAAGUUCUCUCAGGAGUACGAGUCGAUAGACCCCGGUCAGCAGUUCACAUGGGAGCACUCCAACCUGGAGGUCAACAAGCCAAAGAACCGCUACGCUAACGUCAUUGCAUACGACCACUCCCGCGUCAUGCUCUCCAGCAUCGAGGGCAUCCCGGGAGGUGACUACAUCAACGCCAACUACAUCGAUGGCUACCGGCGCCAGAACGCUUACAUCGCCACGCAGGGCUCUCUGCCAGAGACGUUCUGCGACUUCUGGCGUCUGGUGUGGGAGCAGCACACAGCCAACAUCAUCAUGAUGACCAAGCUAGAGGAGAAGUCACGGGUGAAGUGUGACCAGUACUGGCCCAGCAGAGGUACAGAGACCUACGGCCUCAUCCAGGUCACCCUGCUGGACACGGUGGAGCUAGCCACCUACUCCGUCAGGACCUUCGCUCUCUAUAAGAGUGGCUCCAGUGAGAAGCGAGAGGUACGUCAGUUCCAGUUCACAGCCUGGCCGGACCAUGGCGUGCCCGAGCACCCCACUCCCUUCCUGGCCUUCCUGCGCAGGGUGAAGGCCUGUAACCCUCCAGACGCCGGGCCCAUGGUAGUCCACUGCAGUGCCGGCGUGGGCCGCACUGGCUGCUUCAUCGUCAUCGACGCCAUGACGGAGCGCAUCAAGCAGGAGAAGACGCUGGACAUCUACGGUCACGUGACCCUGAUGCGCUCGCAGCGGAACUACAUGGUGCAGACGGAGGACCAGUACGUCUUCAUUCACGACGCCCUGCUGGAGGCGGUUGCCUGCGGCAACACUGAGGUGCCCGCACGCAACCUCUACGCCUACAUCCAGCGGCUGACCCAGAUGGAGCCCGGCGAGAACGCCACGGGCAUGGAGCUGGAGUUCAAGCGAUUGGCCAGUGCGAUGGCGCACACCUCCCGCUUUGUGAGCGCCAACCUGCCCUGCAACAAGUUCAAGAACCGGUUGGUCAACAUCAUGCCCUAUGAGACCACCCGAGUCUGUCUGCAGCCAAUCAGAGGGGUGGAGGGCUCAGACUACAUCAAUGCCAGCUUCAUAGACGGAUACAGGCAACAGAGGGCCUAUAUUGCUACCCAGGGUCCACUGGCAGAGACUACAGAGGACUACUGGCGGAUGCUCUGGGAACACAACUCCACCAUCGUAGUCAUGCUCACCAAGCUGAGGGAGAUGGGACGGGAGAAGUGUCACCAGUACUGGCCAGCUGAGCGCUCAGCACGAUACCAGUACUUUGUGGUGGACCCAAUGGCAGAGUACAACAUGCCCCAGUACAUCCUUCGAGAGUUCAAAGUCACUGAUGCCAGGGAUGGCCAAUCACGGACAGUUCGUCAGUUUCAGUUCACUGAUUGGCCAGAGCAAGGAGUGCCAAAGUCAGGCGAGGGAUUCAUUGAUUUCAUUGGCCAAGUGCACAAAACGAAAGAGCAGUUUGGCCAGGAUGGGCCAAUAACAGUGCACUGUAGUGCGGGCGUGGGGAGGACGGGGGUCUUCAUCACCCUGAGCAUUGUGCUGGAGAGGAUGCGCUACGAGGGCGUGGUGGACAUCUUCCAGACAGUCAAGAUGCUGCGGACCCAGAGACCAGCCACGGUACAGACAGAGGACCAGUACCAGUUCUGCUACCGGGCCAGUCUGGAAUACCUGGGUAGCUUCGACCACUAUGCAACAUAGUCUCUCCGGCCACGUCCAAAAUGGCACCCUGCCCCUGCACAGUGCUCUAAGGGUCCCUCCAUUCCAGUAUUGGGCACUAGGGCUCAGGGUGUCAUUGGAGAUCUGGCCAUUACUAUCCAGGGACGAGGGGACCACUGGCUACUCCCUCCCUAACCCAACCAACCCCCGCCCACCCCCACCCCCCGCACCCCCGCCCACCCCCGAGCAACAGCACCUCUUGUGAGCCAUAAAUAACUGUCUGACCUGGUAGCUGCCACAUCCAUGCUCCUGCCCCUACCACCACCCGCCCCCUCCCCUUCUACACACCAGGUCAGUCACUAAUUUGUUGAGGAACAAUCUCCCACUCCGGUCCCAUCCAAUAUCCUGGAAAACAUUGGAGGUUUUAUUUCCCUCACAGUGCUGUUUCUCAGUGCUCAAACCACUUUGUUAUGGAAGGAACAUUCAUCUCCACCCUACAUGGUUUGAACAAACUGUUAGAACCGGACAACAUAAUGUGACUGACCCUCACAGGAUAUUUAGGGAUUUCUCUUUGAGAAAAACAUCUAGAAACUCCCAUUCUGGGUGAUUCACCAGUUAAAGGAACUUGAAGGAACAAGUGGGAGAUAUUUCGAGAGACUUUUGAGGAUCAGAAAUUGCCAACGCGAGGCUUGAGACCCCUGAACACAGCAUAGUGUUGCAGAUAAGACACCUCCAAAUUAUGAAAAAAAGACACACCCAGUCUUUAUGUGGGAACAGACUGUUGUUUCUGGUGAAUGAAAAAGAUUUCUCUUUCUACAAUAAUAAUAACCACCAUUUCAACCUUAUGUUUCACUUUGAGAUGUAAACAUAUACCACAAAGUAAAAUAUUAAUUUAGUUUUUUAGUACUGUAUAGAUCUGUGAAUCUUGUUUUUUGGAGAAAAAAAGAAAACUGGAUAUUACAAUAUGUAUUUUAUUUUUAUUUUUACUGACCUGUGACAUUGUCCCCUUAAACAAUAUGAGGACAAGGUGGCACAAAAUGUUUCUUUUGUAUUCCGACAACGUUGUGUGGGUUUUUUUAAAACUCUGGUACUGUUUUAAACGUGUACAAUCAAAACCAGUGUGAAACAAAUCACAGUCAUUGACUGUCACUCUCCUGUAUUCUGUCACUCUUUUUUUGGACAUUAUCUCCAGAGUUGCUAGCUACUCUUGUCCUCCUAACCCUCUCAUAUUCUAUAAGUGUCAGUAGAGGCGCACACAGGGCAGCCAUUUAGAAUUUUUACAGGGACCAUGGAAGUAUGAACCUGCUGCUAGCAAACUCCAUUCUCCCACCAGGCAGGGAUGUAUACAGUGUAUACCUAUGGACGAGAGAGGCCCAGAACAGUACAGAUUUAUGCACAGAAGUAGAUAGAUAGAAGCAAGUAUUUAUAUAUGUCCAAAUAAGCUUCACAAAGAGAUUUUUUUUUUCAUUUUCAAUUGGGGAGGUAAAGAAGGGUGGAAGGAGGGAGGAGGGAAGGUGAGGGAGGAGGGAAGGUGAGGGAGGGUGAGGGAGGGUGAAGGUAUCUUUUUCACUGGAAUGCUCACCAUUAUAAGACUUUUCACUCUUGUCUGAUUCAGUGUGCAAUAAUAACUAGAUGUUCUAUUAUAUAUAUAUAUAUUUUUUUUUAUAAGUCACUAACUACAAUUAUGCCAUAAACAAUGAUAAUGUAUCUUUCCAGGCACAAGGGUGCUAUGAUAAAUAUGGUACCCACUAACAUUUAAUGUGUCCAAUCAAUGGAACCAACCCAGGAAGUCGAUAUUCGUCUGUAUACGAUGUCAUCCUUUUAUGUGUCACAGCAACAAAUGAAUGAUACGACUCAUAAUUCAACAGCAUAAAAUACGUAUUUUGAUUUUAGAUUUAUAGUGCCUUAUAUUACACACGCCUAUUUUGAUAAAGUUACUUUGAUGGUUUUUGUGUUAUGUAUGUAUGUGUGUUUACCAGAAUGUCAUUGUUUAUGUAGUCUGUAUGGUUUUGUUGCUUUUCAGUGAAGGUAUUUUUGUAUAUUUUAUGUUUGGGCUGUGAAGUUUUCUAUUUGGAAGGGUGAUAGUAGUACUGGGAUUUUUCACCAUUUCCAUCUAGACAAACAAACAAGUACUUUUAUUUUGGAGAUUUCCAAAGCCAAGAGAGCAAAAGAAGCCAUUGAGGUAAAGGAAACAUCAGUCAGGGGUUUGAGGUUUGAGGAACAAUUGUACUGGUCAAUGGGAGUAUUUGUUUUUUAUGCAGUGCAGUGCAAGUAGUGUCAAGCUUAGUAGGGCUUCAUAUGAUUUCAAAGUCCUAUUUCAUUUGUCUAAACUUUGUGUGUAUUCAGGGAGAACUUAGUUGGACUCCCAUGUAUUCGGCCAUGUGGAGUCUAAUGGAUUUGGCCAACUUUGGCAUCAGAGAGAGAGAGCUGACGACACUGAGGCACACACAUCCAGUACUUUUUAGUCAGACUGGAGAGAAAGGAACGCUCAGAACACACAAAGACAGGCUUUGGUUCCAGUAAAAAAAAAAAAAAAAAAAAAAAAGGUUAAACUUGUCGUUCACUUUUGUGUUUAUUCGUUCUGUCAUCCUUCAUUCCUUCAUUGACAAGAGAGAAGUUGUGGUUCUUUCAUCAUUUCUCUUCACAGUAGAGCAUUGCUUUGAACGCUCCUCCUCUUCAUUCAUCGCUUCACUCAGUUUAGGUAUUGCCCACCAUCUGACAGUGAUACACGUCCUCGUCUUUAUAUGCAUGGUACCACGUUUGAGAAGUCCCCUCCGUUUCACAUGUAUGGGAAGAAUUGCACUUUCUCUCUUUCUACUAUGCACUAGUUAAUACUACCCCAUUGUCUCCAAUACUCACCCUUGACAAUGUUACUUGAACUCAGUAAAGAGAAACUCUAAAUUAUCACUGCAGUGUGCAUAUGUAAAUAACACAGAACACUAAGAGUAACAUUUAGGUAAAUAAAUAAAGUAAUUAUAAGGUAAAUCAAAGUUUUAAUAGAUAUAUUGUAUUUGAAUGGGAGGUUUGCGCCUGCACCAGAAAUCACAGAUUAUGACACUACCAUGUGUGUGCGGCAUGUCACAGUGGAAUUGUUGUCCCACAAAAUUAUCACAGAGAAUUAAGUCUCCCAUCCUUCCCACACCUCAUGUGAAUGAAUUCAACUGGAGUGAAUUCAAAGUAUUAAAAAAAUGAAUAGUGGGCUAAACAAAUCGGUUAUUUCCAUCGUACAUACGAUAUUUGAUCUGUACAUGUAAACUUUUGAGGGGUUUUCUUUUCCGAGUGAAACAAGUGAUUUUUAUUUUCUUAUGUCGGUUCUCCCGUGGUGUGCAACCGGGAAAAAAAAGGUCUGUAUGGAAGUCUGGUCUUUGUCGACACAAGUUUCAUUUGUUACAAAUAAACUCAAGUGAAAAACUAAA